UAUAUAGCUAGAGAGAGACGGUACCGAUGAACGUUGUGGACUUGCUGAAUAUGUAAUGGGCAAGAAGCGCCGAAAUUAUUAUACGGUACAGCUCUUCUCGCCUUGCUUCUCGCUCUUCCUGUUUCCUUCUUAUCUUUUACAGGGGUUUGUUCUAUUGGACCUUUACAUGUUUUCCAAGUAUGGAGGAAAUUCCGAAUGAAGACGAUGUUGACUUGGAAACCCUCCAAGCACAGAUUGACUUAUCUUUGGCACAUACAAAGGAUUUAGUAUCAUCUUGGUUGAAACCUACGUACGGAAAGGCUUCAUCCUCCGUUUCAAGGGCCGGCGUGGACAAGGAAAUAGAGGAGAUACUGAGGAGACCACCACGACUAGGUGUUGGUGCGCCGAUUCCUGCUUCUACCGGAACUCUUGGACAUGAAUCGGUCAAGCUUAAGAACAAGCUUUCCGGGAAGAAGCGGCAGAGGGAAGAAGAAAGCACUGCGGGAGGUCGCAUCUCAGAGGAUGAAGAAGAGAGUCGGGCAGGCGCGAUCAAGAAGAAAGCCAAAGUGGAUCCCUUUGGGGGAAGUGGAAAGAAAAAGAAAUCUUUGCCACAAACCCUUACGCAUCCUGAGGCAGCCGUAUUGUCUGUCCCGGUUAGUACCACUGUUGAUGCCCCCCAAGUGGACUCCACGGGCGAAGCCUCUAAACCUGUUGGACCUGCAACCCAAACAAUCGGAACGACUUCAUUGAUUUCGGCUUUGGACAAGAAGAAGAAGAAGAAAAAGAAAAAGAAACACAAGGAUCAGCCGCCAUCCUCUGAUAUCGCCGGAUUGUCCUCUUCGCCACAGAAAACGAAGAAUGCUCCAGUGAUUAUAUCACUACUCUCUGAUACUGAGGACGUCCACAAUGCAGCGCCUUCAUCCGCUAAAGUUUCUGGUAGAUCAUAUCUAUACUGUCUCACCUUCAUUUAUUUCUUACAUUACUUUGUGUAGACAAAGUCAUGACUUCUCCGAAACUGUCGUCCUCAAUAGAGCGGAAACGGAGCCCCCCAACCUACCCAUCCAAAUCGCACCUGACCUUUCUGCCUUCAUCUCCCGUGAAAUUGGGUAGUCUAUCCCUACUCAACCUUGAUGGACCACCUGCAGAUGUUGCACCUGACGCGACGCCUUCACCAAAGAAGAAGCGGAGACGACGGAAAAAGAAGAAGCAUCUGAAUCAGGACAAGCCUGCAGAUGAGGAGGAAAGUGGCGGGGAAUAACGGCCGUCCUAAUCAUCAUGGUAUGUUGUAUCCUUCGACCCAAUUCACAUGUCUUUGCUCAUACCAUGAUAGUAUUGCUACUCCGUAGUAUGGAAGUGUCUGAAAUGCGAUUGAAGCUUAUCUAGGUUGAUUGUCUUGAUCUCAAUUGCAUGUUGACUUGAAUGGAUGUCUGUAAAAGGCCGCCACAGUCUAUCUUCUUGUCUGCAAUUGUACAACAUGCGUUAGUCAUGAUCGUCCCUGUCCCACCACGAGCACUUCUACAAAUACAUCAUUAUAAUAAUGAUACAAGUUGCGAAUAACUUAUACAAGUGCGU